AGUCGUACUCGGGACUCGGUGAGGAUAUCAAGCAAAUCGCGGAGAAGCACUGCGCUAGUGACGAUACAGCAGUGAGCAACAACUGGCAUUAACCUAUCAGUGCCAGUGAACACUUUGUGUGUGGAGUGUAACAAGAGCUGGGGGGGCUGCCAGUGAAUAGGUGCCCAAGUCUGGGGGAGCCAGUGACCGCCACGGGUGAAAAACGCACUAAGGAGCAGUGCGCUGCUGCCUCUUUGAAGUGCAAAUCUUCUCCUGUAUUGCAUUACAGCCGUAGCAGCAGGCAGGAAGGGCAUAAUAUCUGUGACGUGCGUGGUGACGGUGCGGUGGUGGCCAUCUCCCUGGGCGGUGAUUGCCAAUCAAAGUGAAAGAACAGAGUUGUAGGAAUUUUCGCUUUGUUGAUCAUCAUCGGUUUAGUUGGAUGGAAUAUUUCCUUCAGCUGCUGUGCCCGAGAAGAAAAGGACCAACGAGAAAUUGCUAUGGCUGCUGCGAUGAUGUGAAUUGAAGGGAAAUUGGAUGUUAUUUCCAGCCUGCUAGGAUGAGGAGGGAAUAUCGGGAGGAAGUGCAUGAAAGGAAGUGAUUAAUCAACCGUAUGUAAAUGUGAUUACAGCGGAGGAAGACCACUCAGUGGAUAAUCGCGGCUCACCGAAGGUGGUGCGAUAGUGCUACGUCGAAGGAAAAAGGAAGAAAGUGUCCUUGAGUCUCAGCCACAGGAAGAGCCAGGUGCAAUCGUGGAAUGUGACGUCUUAGUUGUGUGAAGGCUUUUAAUUAGAUUUGAAUUGCUGCGUGGAGGAAGACUGAAGGCAAGAACGAAGAAAGCGGGAGAGGACGAAAUUUUCCCACUCGUCUCUGUGCAUGGUCCCACACAUUUGCCAAUUAAGCUCCCUUCUUCUCGCAUGCGGGUGGUAGCUGCCUACAUGUUUUUUUGCCAAGCAGUGUUGUCGCAUAAUCAAAUUUAUCUGAAAAGGUGUGACGACAGACGGUGCUUCCGAACCAGAGAAAAUGGUCCCAAUUAAGAGCGAUCAUCAUCAUCGUCAUCAUCAUCACAACCGUCGUCAUCAGCGGCUAAGCAAACAUCCAAGCCGAUAUUAAGGGACAUAGUGGGUCUGACCGUAACACACCCAGCAACCAUGACAGCAGCUACGGCACUUGUUCCGGAUGGUCCUACUGGGAUCCUUACACUACCUGCAGUUACUUUCCGCAGGCACCAGAAGUGAAAAUUUAUCCGUCCGACGCCAAGCGCCGUGGAAGCCAAACACCCUUCUACCACUAUCGGACCAUCUGAUGCAAAAAAGCUCAACCACAGAGAGUGGCAAAGUGUUGCUAUCAAUUGACACAAACUGUGUCAGCGUCGUCGUUGUCGGGGGCGAGAACCGCCAAAGCGUGGGUGUUAUCAAGGGAGACACGAGCAGGACACAGUAUCCGCCUCCACCCGUGUGGGGGGGCGCAGUGAGUGACUGUGGGUGUGUGUAUAUUCGCGUCUUUGCUUUGGGCACCGAGCAGAACUAAAAAGGGAAAGCUUCACCAUGCUGAUAAAGGAGUAUCGGAUACCGCUACCGCUGACGGUAGAGGAGUAUCGGAUAGCGCAGCUCUACAUGAUAGCGAAAAAAAGCCGCGACGAAAGUAAAGGCGCCGGAAGUGGGGUAGAAAUCAUCGUAAACGAACCAUAUGAGGAGGGACCCGGCGGUAAAGGAGGUCAAUACACGAGAAAAAUCUAUCACGUGGGCAGCCACCUACCGGGAUGGAUCAAGGGUCUGCUACCGAAGAGUGCUCUCACCGUAGAGGAGGAGGCGUGGAAUGCCUACCCGUACACGAAAACCCGCUACACGUGCCCUUUCGUAGAGAAGUUCUCGCUGGAAAUCGAAACAUAUUACUUUGGCGACAACGGCCACCAGGAGAACGUGUUCAAGCUCAGUGGAAGUGAUUUGCGGAACCGUCUGGUCGAUACCAUCGACAUUGUCAAGGAUCAGCUCUAUGGAGCGGACUACACCAAAGAGGAGGAUCCCACGUUGUACUGCUCGGAGAAAACCGGCAGAGGACCGUUGGGAGAAACGUGGUUAGCGGACUACUGGGAAGAGGUACGAGACAAAAGCCAACCGACGGCGCGAAAUAUGUCACUGAUGUGUGCCUACAAGCUGUGCCGAGUGGAGUUCCGGUAUUGGGGCAUGCAGACGAAGUUGGAGAAGUUUAUCCACGAUGUGGCGCUGCGGAAAACGAUGGUUCGGGCCCAUCGACAAGCAUGGGCUUGGCAGGACGAAUGGCACGGGUUAACCAUGGACGAUAUCCGUGAGAUCGAGCGGCAAACGCAGCUUGCCCUGCAGAAGAAGAUGGGUAAUGAAGAUGACGAAGAUGAAGAUCCCAGCGCAUCGGAAAACAACAGCCGGCAGUCAAAUCAGUUUAACUCGAUCGAGAAAACCGAGGAAAACUCCACUCCGCAGGUGAUGAAAAAGACAUCAAUGGCGCCUCCCUCACCUCCGGAACAGCCGCCACGACAAACGAUGCACCCAUAUGGCCAGGUGCCGGUUCUGCAGCAGCCGCCCAAAGUUAAGAAAACGGCACCGGUGACAGCCACGGAUGCGAUUAGUUCUGACGAGGAGGAUGAGGAAGAAGACAACCGCAGGGAUGAAGAUGAUGGAACAAAUCUACACAACCAGCACAGCAAUCACUUGAGUAGUGCCGGCGGUGUGGCGAAACAUUUUGCCGGAUCCAAGGGACAACUGCAUUCGCCGCUCGGAUCGGCACAAAGUUUUGAUUUGCAGGUCGCAAAUUGGCGAAUGGAAAAGCUGGAAGUGGAGUCCAAAUCCGGCUCCGAAGAGGAAUUCUUCGACUGUUUAGGAGACAUGGGGGAGCACUCAUCCCUUGCCAAAUGGAGCUCGCUGGAAUUGCUCGCUGAGGAGGACGAUAGUCCUCCGCUGCCCAGCGCCAACAAACAUCAAGAGGACUCUAUCUUCAGUCACAGUUACCUGCAACGAGUCGCAUCGGAGCGCGGCAGUCGCCGUCCCACGCUUGGAGCCUCGUCCAGCUUAGAUCGCGGCAACGGACCGGGUGAUUCGCCACCUGGGUCACCGGGGCUUCCUUCCUGUCCGACCACAGUCCUUGUACUCAUCAUGCAUGCCGGCAGCGUUCUGGAUGCCAACUCGGACAUGACGGCGAAGAAGUCGGACGUGACGACGUUCCGAGGGGCGUUUGAAUCGGUCAUGCGCCAACACUAUCCCUCUCUGGUGGGUCAUGUGGUUAUUCGACUGGUUCCGUGUCCGUCUGUGUGUACCGACGCGCUAGGCAUUCUCUCUAGCCUCAGUCCUUACUCGUUCGACGCAUCGCCCUCGACGGCGGAUAUUCCCACCCUUACGGAUAUCCCAAUUGGAGCCAUUCCACUUCUGACGACGUGUUCACCGGACUUUCAGGAUGCAGUAAACCGCUCUGUUGCCAGUGCCAAUAUGGUGUACGCCGAAUUCCUGAAGACCGACGAAGGCAAGGGGUUCAGUGGGCAAGUUGCUCUGGUUGGAGACUCUAUGGGUGGCGUUCUGGCUCACGAUGCACUGUGUAGAAUCAAUGCUCGACACGGAAGCGAAGCUUCCGGAUUGGAUCACAUGGUAGACUUUAUGGAAGUGAAUGACUUGGAUGUUAACAGGCUGCUGACAGCACCAUCCCCGCGAAGACGAUCUUCGUCAACCAGCGACUCGCGGCUUCCCAAAUUUGAGUUCGAAGUCGGUGACUUUUUCAUGUUCGGCAGCCCGUUGGCCGUUAUCCUCGCUUCUCGUCGUCUGAGCGAUUCACGUAGCGGAACCGGCAAGCCGGCUUGUUCGCAGAUCUACAAUCUAUUCCAUCCGACUGAUCCAACCGCAUCCCGCCUAGAACCCCUGUUGAGUGCUCGUUUCUCAAUGCUUGCACCCGUCAACGUUCCUCGGUAUGCCAAAUAUCCUCUCGGAAAUGGACAACCGUACCACCUUCUGGAGCUGAUCCAAUCCAGUCCGCAGAUCUUCAGUGAUGGGCCUCCACCUCGACGACUUUCGGAUGCCUCAAUCCAGAGCACCGUAUCCGGAAUGAUCGAUAAUGUCCCGCUGACCACAAUCAACCAACUACAGCAACGCUGGUGGGGAUCCAAACGCCUCGACUACGCUCUCUACUGCCCGGAAGGCCUCAGCAACUUCCCGGCACACGCUUUACCACACCUGUUCCACGCAAGCUACUGGGAAUCUAGCGACGUGAUCGCGUUUAUCCUUCGCCAGAUCGGCCGCUUCGAUAAUCUAACCUUGAUCGGUUCGGAGGACAAAGAAGUUUCAUCAUUCCGACCGGCGCAAGCCCGGGAAAAAUGGAACAAAAAACGGACUUCCGUGAAGCUGAAAAACGUUACCGCGAACCACAGAGCCAAUGACGUGAUCGUGAAGGAUGGUGAAUCGCAGAAGAUGGUUGCGCGGUUUAUGUAUGGACCGCUGGACAUGAUUACGUUGGCUGGUGAAAAGGUCGACAUUCACCUAAUGAAGGAUCCCCCUGGUGGUGAGUGGCACCUUAUGGCGACCGAGACCACUGAUAAGAAUGGUCGCAUUACCUACGUCCUGCCGGAUGAACGCUCACUGGGCUACGGGAUCUAUCCGGUGAAGAUGGUUGUGAGAGGCGAUCACACCUCGGUUGAUUUCUACCUUGCCGUGGUUCCUCCGCGUACGGAAUGCGUUGUGUUCAGCAUAGAUGGGUCCUUUACAGCAUCGGUUUCGGUAACCGGGAAGGAUCCCAAAGUUCGAGCUGGCGCCGUUGACGUUUGCAGACAUUGGCAGGAACUGGGAUAUCUGUUGAUCUACAUUACGGGUCGACCAGAUAUGCAACAGCAGCGGGUCAUGUCUUGGUUGAGUCAGCAUAACUUUCCGCAUGGACUGGUAUCCUUCGCCGAUGGACUAACUACGGAUCCCCUGGGUCAUAAGGCAGCCUACUUGAACAAUCUGAUUCAGAACCAUGGUCUGAUAGUGCACCUUGCGUAUGGAAGUAGCAAGGACAUCAGCGUAUACACCAGCCUGGGACUGAAACCUAAGCAGAUCUUCAUCGUGGGGAAGGUGAGCAAAAAGCUCCAACCCCUGGCGACCCCGUUGACCGAAGGUUACGCUUCGCACCUGGCUACACUGGUAACGCCGGGUGGAUCACGUCCCGCCCAGGGCAAUGCCCGGAUGGUGAUACCGCGGGGCUGUUUCAACCUACCCGGCCAGCAUCAGUCCAUUCGCAGGCGAAGGUUUGUUCCCGGUUAACUGUAAUGGCGACCACAACCGCCGACGACGGCGCCACUACGCUCUAUCAUUCCCCCUCGUAUUCACACCACGACCACAUCCGCAACCACCAAGCACGCCUGUUUGUAUGUUCCCCUGAACACCUCCACCACCACGACCAAGACACGAUUCCUCAACAUCUAGCAAUGAAGCGGGAGUACCCUCGCCGGUGCGAAGCGGGUUCCUGAAGCGGAAAACAUAUCUACACUAAGCUGGUUAGGGCAGGUGACCUGUCUUCUACGCGAACUCGGUCGAGGGAUUCGGAGCUUCUACUGUUUGUGCAACACUCGUGAUCGCAACUACACGCACCCCAUCAACGCUUUUACAUUAUGCCAUGAGGAGGAUUCGUGGAAUGGCGCUGCUCUUGGAUACAAUAAUGGGAACUAUGGUUGGAUUCUGUCACUUGGUACCUGGCUCACAGAAGACUGUCUCUUACCUGUUGUAAGAACGAUAUACCGUUCAUCAAACGUGUUAAGCAUGGAAGAAUAAAAGCAAAACCCUAAGUAUAAAUGCAAUCGUACGCAAAUAAGAAGGACGAUGAAGCAAAGAAAUGGAGAGCAAGCAUAUAACUAAUGAAGAAAGUAUUAAAAUUGUAAUCUCGUUAGUUUAGUAUGAUAAGUUAGAAUAGUGUAAAUGUAAAACAAAACUUCGUAACGAACACACUUGUUGGAAUUUGUGUACAAAUAGACGAAGCAGAAUAACGCAGAUCCAAAUCGCUCGGAGACGAGUCUGCGGGAAGCAAUUUAUAUCAAGUUCAAAACCUGUUGUGGCUGAGUCAAAAAGGACACAAUCAUUGAAUAUCAAAUUCGGAAGCUGCUGCAGCUUCGUAAGUGUUUGUUAAUGUCCUUUCGCUAGGAUAGGAGAUUCUAGUAGUAAUGAGAGCAUAUUGAACAAUUGGAUGUUCGUUGAUAUUUAAAUACCCAUAAACGCUACCGAAACAAACAAAAAAGGCGCGAGGGUUUUGGCGUUUGGAAGGAAAUCUCAGAUAUAAGAAUCAAUUGUUAGUGUUCAGAAGGAUUUAAUAAGAAUAUGUCAGCGUUUAGUUGAGGACAAGAUGUGACGGGAAAGGAAAGCCAAGAUAUUCUAAAUAGAUAUUUGUUAAACUCUUAUACAUACGAUAGAAAUCAAAUUUAUAAAGGUUGUUAAUUUCAAAUGGGAAAACAUAUUAUAGAUGGCAGACGGGUAUCAAACUCAUGCACGCAUUUCCUAUUUUAUAUCAUUGUUUCAAGAUGUCAUUUAGUACCUUCGCGAUCGGACAAAAUAUUUUACUGAAAUGGACAGGUCUCACCUUCUGGCUGUUUUUUAGUGGAUCCAACUUGAUAUUAUUGUGACAAAUAAAUCUCAUUGUUCGAAUUUAUUACCGGAAGAGAAUAUCAUCAAA